AUGUCGACCACCGUCUUAACCCAGACCAACUGGCAACAGUACGCCACAGCUUCCGUCGAACAAUUUGCCGCACAGCAAGGAGCAGUUACACCUAACAGUCAAGCCAUGAUCAGACUAAUAUCAUCUUACGAUUCUGUCACAUUCGACUUCUCCGACUGGACACCAGAGCAACUCAACGAGAAGACAACAUCCUUCUUCUGGGGCCUCAAGUCGGGAUUCCUCGACAUCAGCUGCUACAACCUCAAGGAUGGAAACCUGACAGACGACAUGCACGCCGCGUCCCUGGCAGCAGACAGUCGUGAUGAUCAAGCAGGCAAGGACAUCAUCUGCAUCCACGACUGGUGCGUAAAACGAGCCAAGACGAGCGGAUCCUAUAUCCCUACCCAGCGAUGUUUCCGCUUCGAGCAGGGCAACUACGCCGGCCCACUCCCCUUCCCGGGUCUGCGGGUUGUGGGGAAGGCCCUGGGUGACUUGUGA